CUCUAUCCGUUGGCCUGUCUCCCGUUGGCUUGCCUCUCACGAGGUACCAAUCUACAUACCCACUUCACUAUACCUGUCUCCUCCUCGCCUGCACGCCUCUUUACACCCCCCGCCCCGACCAUCAUCACCCUAUCUUCACCUCACCUCCUCUUUAACUUCACACCUACCUCUCACCCGUCCCUCGCCGGAUAUUCUUCAAAGUGGGCUGCGCCAGCUCUCUCUCUCUUUUCCUGCUUCGCACCGUUUCCGCUUCGUUGCCCUCAGCAUUUGUUCGGACUGGAUGUGGCCCUUUGCCUAGGUCAACGUCGUGUGUGUGCUUUUUUUUUUUUUGUGCGUGACGGCUACUUGCGCGAGCAGCAGGGAAGGCGGAAACCCGUAGUGGUGCUUUCGUUUUUUUUCUUUCUGCCUGGGGUCCGUUUGGCAUUUGAUUGCUCCUCUCGGUCCGGGGCUGGCCUGCUCUGAGUGGCUGCUUGCCUCGGGUUCCCGUUUGGGUAGCAGCCUGCAUUUUGCAGAGCGGCGAGUGGAGGAAACUGGAGAAGCAGAAAAGAACACAAAGAAAAACAAAAAGGAGGGUACCCGAUCUACCUCUCCCGUCGUCAACCCACCUGGCCUUGACGACAUCCCCGUAUCCGCCUCCUCGCCUGCCAACCCGCCACUGGGUGCACCGGCACGCACUGCGCCCAAGUACUGGUGGGCUGCAAUCUCCUCCUCUCAAGGUGUAUUGGCUGGCUUUUCCUAUACAGCCGCGCGAUUCGACUGGCUGCCAUUGGAUAACCCCCACCCCCCCCAGCAGCUUAUCCCAUCAGCCCGAGCUCCCUCCCCAAGCCCGACCAACUGUAUUCGCAGGCUUCGAGACUCGGGACAAUAACCUUCUUUACGACCGCCUCCCCACCUCACCCCAGCAUCAACCUCCCCCACGCGUCUUGCUUUUGUUUUUUUGUCGUUUUCGUUCGGCGUCUCCUGUUAUCUUCCUUUAGCGGCUGUAUCGUUUCUCUGCCUCGUCUUUCUCGCCUGUGCCCGCAUCGAUUCCUUGAUCGCUUUAAGCGGCAGCUGCCCCAGAUACCCCAUUUGUUGUCUCUAUUUCCUCGCAUGCGUCCCCGGCACCGGCAACUUUCUCCGUGACCUGGCUCUCCUCGCGCUCUUGUUUAUCCCCCCUCUCUUCAAAUAUAUCCGGCAACAUUCUUCUCCAGCCUUUUCCGCUUCUCGCCAAGGCAUAUUUUCUUGCGGAGUUUGGCUGGCAGUGGUGGCUUUUCGACUCGGGCUGAGUCGGAACCGCUUCUAUCGCCUGCUUUAGUGCCCACGUGCUUACGAGAAGACACGCCUGCUGCGAGAGCGUGUUUCCCUGGAGCACCCCUCUCUCUAUCUUCUCACGCUCGCCCGAACUCCCCUUUUUCAGCAGAUGAUGCCGAGUAGAUGAUCCUAAGAGCUCCCAGCCUUUGAAGGAUGCAUCCCGCGUCGACACUGGCAGACGCGUCUCCCAAAACGGAUGAACCAUCAAAGGCAUCGGGGCAGCACCAGCGGCACACGAGCCCAGGCUUUGCCGUCCACCCUAGCUCGCGCCACACCCACUCCCCCCAUUCUGCCUCGCCCAUGAGGAAAAACACCACCUCAUCCACCAGCACGAACGCCACUCACACUACGGGGACCACCAUAACCUCAAACGAAACCCCCGGCUCCCCCUUCAGCCUGGACGCGUCCCCCAGCUUCUCGAGCCAGCAGGUUUUCUCCGUAAAGGAUGGAGCCGACUUGACGGGUGGCCGCCGGGCCAGCAGACGACGCACCGGUCCCCUCUCGGCAGAGCAGAGGGAGAAAGCGGCACUAAUCAGGAAAUUGGGGGCGUGCAACGACUGCCGUAGGAGAAGAGUUGCUUGCCACCCGAAUCACCACAACAUGACAUGGGAAGAUGCUUUCCGGAAGUACCGCGCCCACAGCCCGGUGCAUGAGUUGGCCCCAUUAGGGGCUCGCCCCCUAAGCCCGCGCCCGGUGAACCUGGAGCCUUUGUCUAAUGGGAACACGCCCCUGUUGACCCACGACCCCCAUGAUAUGGAGGUGGACAGCGCGCAGCCGCCGACGACGACCCCGACUCCGCUUCCGCCGAACCAGCAGCCGCUACCACCGCCGCCACCGAUCCGAGCUCCCCUCGGCAGCGAAUCGCGGGUCAGGAAACCGCUUCCCUCAGGACCCCGCUUGGAAAAGCUUGCAGGCCAGGCCUCGCAAGCAGUUCACGCGGCCCGGACUGCGCAUAGUGGCCCGCAGCAGACUGCCGAGAGCAUCCAAUCGGAACUGCAGGCCGCGGCUUCCAAGAUCGCCUCAAACCCCUACCGCAGCCGAUACACGGCCGUGCAGGCACUGCUUCUCUACUGGGAGGACGACGAGGAAGACGGAGAGCUGGUAUCCUCGGUCGAGUACCUGGCUGAAGUGCUGCAAAAAGACUACCAAUACGUCACAGAGACCAAGAUGAUACCUUCGUCGCCGGAGAGUGGCAAGAGUCCGUGGAGGUGGCUGUCUCGGACCGUAACCAACUUUGUGGACAACCGGGACGAUAGGGACGUCCUUAAGCUUGUCUUUUACAAGGGACAGAGCUAUCUCGAUGGAGACCGCGAGAUGGUUCUUGCCAGGUCGCGGGAUCGGUUAAAAGGUCCCACGAUACGGUGGAGCGGUAUCCAACAAAUCCUCGAGGAAACGUCCUCAGAUACGUUAAUCAUCAUGGAUGCGGCCUAUUACCCCUCGUCCAAGUUGGUCCGGCAGCAAGGGGUGCUGGAGGUGGUUGCCGCGUCGGCCUCGGAAGAGCACUUCGGAUCCAUGGGGAACGCCUCGUUCACGCGGGCCGUCGCCGAACAGCUCCACACGCGAAUCAGCCAGCGGAACCACAUGGCGCCCCUGACGGCCGCCGAGCUGCACGCGAAGCUGCUGUCGAGCUACCCAAAGAUGGUGCAGGACCGGUACCCGGAGAAGCCCAUCGUCAAGAGCUUCCCGUCGCCGCUCCACAUGCAGAUCUCGGGGAACUCGAGGCUGCCGUCGAUCCUGCUCGCUCCCUUGCGGAGGGGCCUGCUCUUCGGCAUCGAGCCGGACCCGACGGCGCCCCGGCUGAACCUGACGCUCCAGUUCGGCGCAGACUCGGCACCGUUCGACAUGGAAAAGUGGGCCGAGUGGCUGCGCUUGAUGCCAGACGGCGUCAAGGACGUCAAGGUCGAAUGGCCUUGCAACAACUUUAACAAUACGUUUCCGUGAUGGGCGGCGGGGAGGGACGCGCUCUUCGCUCGUAUGAUGAGCGCCGAACAAGAAGGGGAUGGCCGGCCAAAGCCCAAGGGAAAUGAUACCCUUCGCUCCGAAUGCCCGUCAUGAUAUCAUGCCCAUCGACUCCCCGCGAGCACACGCCACGUCACGACAUUUUCCUUGAUUCUACGAAAAAAAAGGCCCAUGGCUCGAGCCUUGGUCUCGAUCCGGCCGCGAUUGACCGCGAGUCCCGAGGGCGACACGCAUCGUCUCAGCAUGAUACCCGUGCUCUCACACAAACUUUUCUUUCCUUCAAGUCCAAUUUUUUUUUUUUUGGUGGGAAACUCGUCUUGACUCUAGCAGGAUAUCGCUGCGGAGCAGAAGAAAAAAAGGCAUGCCGUCGCUGCAAAAAAAGGAAAACACCCAAUAAAAAACCAACCGAUCUCCUCGCCGUCUUCCCUCACUUCCAGUCCACCUCUGCCGCUUCUCUCUGUUUAUAUAUCAUCAUCUCCAACAUGUCCUCGGCUGCUCGUCGGCAUGGCUGACCAUGGUUCUUUUGUUCUUGGG